AUGCCAAGGAAGAGCAGUGUUGUUUGUGUCGAGACGACUCGGUGCCUUCCAGCGAUCAAGGGUCGACAGGUUGUGGUUUUGGUGGUGACGAGACACUGGCGCCGCGCCGGAGAAAUCAAGGUGGCACGGACCACAGCCGACCACACCGACGUCGAGCUUGGAAUGUUCCGUGGAUGUCCCGGCUCCACCACACUGGGAGGGGCAAUUUUCACCCCACGUCCGCCCGUCUCGCUGCGCCGCGCUUCCUCUUCUCCUUUUGACUUUACGACUGUGCAAUAUUUGCGACUCCAGAUUCUGCCUCUUCGCCUGACUGUCCACCGCUCUUCCUCGCCCAAAGCCGAUCUUCAACCCAGUUUCUUCCUCGACAACCUCGCAAAAAUGGGUGGUGCAAGCCGUGAAGGUGGCAAGGCCAAGCCUCUUAAGGCCGCGAAGAAGGCCCAGAAGGACAUGGACGAGGACGACCUCGCUUUCCUCGAGAAGAAGCGCGCCGAGGAGAAGGCUCGCAAGGAGAUGGCCGCCAAGGCCGGCGGAAAGGGACCUCUCAACACCGGUACCCAGGGCAUCAAGAAGAGCGGCAAGAAAUAA